AUGAGUGAUAGAUUAUUUAGGUUGAAGGCUGGAUACCAGCAAUAUGCUUGGGGUAAAGUUGGCUCUACCUCAGCUGUUGCUAAAUAUGCCAAAAAUGCUGAUCCCUCAACACUAAUUGAAGAAGAUAAACCGUAUGCAGAGCUUUGGAUGGGAACUCACCAUAAGGUUCCAUCAUGUAAUAUCGAAACCAGCGAGCCUUUAACAGAUCUGAUUGCAGCUCACCCAGAAAAGAUGCUCGGUUCUGGCAUUGUAGAAAAGUUCAAUUCCAAGUCUGAAUUACCUUUCCUUUUCAAGGUACUGUCAAUACAAGAUGUUCUUUCAAUUCAGGCCCAUCCAGAUAAGGCAUUGGCCAAGCAAUUGCAUCUAAAUGAUCCCAAAAAUUACCCAGAUAGCAAUCAUAAGCCAGAGAUGGCUAUUGCGGUAACUGAGUUUGAAGGAUUCUGCGGCUUUAAGCCUUUGGAUGAGAUUGCUGAUGAAUUAAAUCGUAUUCCAGAGUUCAGAACUGUUGUUACAGAUGAGGUGGUAGACUCUUUUAUUAAUGGUAUAAAUCUAAAUGCAGCUCCAAAUUCUUCUGAGGAUGAAUCAAAUAGGAAAUUACUGCAAGCAGUAUUUAGUAAAGUGAUGAACGCUUCUAAUGAUGUUAUUACUUCUUGUGCCCGUGCCUUGGUUGAGAGAGCAAGAACUUCACCCUCUGACUUCAACAAGAAGACUUUACCUGACUUAAUUCUACGGUUAAAUGCCCAGUUUCCAGAUGAUAUAGGUUUGUUCUGUGGGUGUCUGAUGUUAAACCACUGCUUUUUAAAACCUGGAGAAGCAAUUUUCCUUAAAGCCAAAGAUCCUCACGCCUAUAUCUCUGGUGAUAUCAUUGAGUGUAUGGCGGCUUCUGAUAAUGUUGUCAGAGCUGGCUUCACCGGUAAAUUCAAGGAUGUGGAAAACUUGGUUAAUAUGUUAACUUACACCUACGAUAGUGUCGAAAAACAAAAGAUGAAAGCAGAAGAAUUUAAAAGGUCUUCUGGUGAUGGGGAAAGCAAGUUAUAUAAUCCUCCAAUAGAAGAAUUUGCAGUUUUAGAAACUAAGUUUAAGAAUAAGAUUGGUACCAGAAGAUUUGAAGGCUUACAAGGCCCAUCAAUUAUCAUUACUACUGAAGGUAACGGUUACAUUGAACACGGCAACACCAAGUUAAAAUGUGAGUCUGGGUAUGUUUUCUUUGUUGCGCCAGAUACCCCAAUAGAAUUAAUUGCGGAGAAUCACGAAUUCACCACUUAUCGUGCUUUCGUGGAACCAAAAUAA